AUGUGUUGGCCCUUGACUUUCGGGAUAUUUGGUGCAAACUACGGACAACAGCUGGCCCUUUGGAAACUACAUGGGGAAGCAUACGCGUCGCAUCUGGGUGCCAGCUUGAAGGUUUCGUCACAAGAGACGAAACGAGGAACAAAGCAUCCCUUGCUGUCUGCUGCAUCUCGCCGCCUCAAGUCUUACAAGUCAGAAAGAAUAUUGCUGAGUGUCUUGGUGCUAGGUUUGCUCCGUGCAUGCCGUCGUGCAAGAGAACGACACACAAAAACAACGACAAGUGUACUCUGUACCAGAAAAAGAACCAUAAUAGCAUGUAACCAGCAAUAUGUCAUAACACUUGGCUGGCAGGGUAGUUUACGCUGUCCAACAGAAGGACGUUUCACAGAGUUGAUGGGUGUGCAGUAG